AUGAGGGAGAUCCUGCACAUCCAGGGCGGGCAGUGCGGGAACCAGAUCGGGUCCAAGUUCUGGGAGGUGGUGUGCGACGAGCACGGCAUCGACCCCACGGGGAGGUACGUCGGCACCUCCGACCUGCAGCUGGAGCGCGUCAACGUCUACUACAACGAGGCCUCGUGCGGCCGCUUCGUGCCGCGCGCCGUGCUCAUGGAUCUCGAGCCCGGCACCAUGGACUCCGUGCGCACGGGGCCAUACGGCCAGAUCUUCCGCCCCGACAACUUCGUCUUCGGCCAGUCCGGCGCCGGCAACAACUGGGCCAAGGGCCACUACACCGAGGGCGCGGAGCUCAUCGACUCCGUCCUCGACGUCGUCCGCAAGGAGGCCGAGAACUGCGACUGCCUGCAAGGCUUCCAGGUGUGCCACUCCCUCGGCGGGGGCACCGGUUCCGGCAUGGGCACGCUGCUGAUUUCCAAGAUCAGGGAGGAGUACCCGGACCGGAUGAUGCUCACCUUCUCCGUGUUCCCAUCCCCCAAGGUGUCUGACACCGUGGUCGAGCCCUACAACGCCACCCUCUCGGUUCACCAGCUGGUGGAGAACGCCGACGAGUGCAUGGUGCUGGACAACGAGGCGCUCUACGACAUCUGCUUCCGCACCCUCAAGCUGACCACACCUAGCUUUGGUGACCUGAACCACUUGAUCAGUGCCACCAUGAGCGGUGUCACCUGCUGCCUCCGCUUCCCGGGACAGCUGAACUCAGACCUCCGCAAGCUCGCCGUCAACCUGAUCCCCUUCCCGCGCCUCCACUUCUUCAUGGUGGGCUUUGCGCCGCUCACAUCUCGUGGGUCGCAGAUGUACCGCUCCCUCACUGUCCCUGAGCUCACACAGCAGAUGUGGGACUCAAAGAACAUGAUGUGUGCUGCUGACCCACGCCAUGGCCGCUACCUCACAGCCUCGGCCAUGUUCCGUGGCAAGAUGAGCACCAAGGAGGUUGACGAGCAGAUGAUCAACGUGCAGAACAAGAACUCUUCCUACUUCGUGGAGUGGAUCCCGAACAACGUCAAGUCAAGCGUGUGUGACAUCCCACCACGCGGCCUCUCCAUGGCGUCCACCUUCAUUGGCAACUCCACCUCCAUCCAGGAGAUGUUCCGGCGUGUGAGCGAGCAGUUCACCGCCAUGUUCAGGAGGAAGGCUUUCUUGCAUUGGUACACUGGUGAGGGGAUGGACGAGAUGGAGUUCACUGAGGCCGAGAGCAACAUGAACGACCUUGUCUCUGAGUACCAGCAGUACCAGGACGCCACUGCCGACGAGGAGGGCGAGUACGAGGAAGAGGAAGACCUGGAGCAGGAUGGAUUUGAAAUACAGUACUAG